CCUUCACUCACCACUCGACACGAACCAUCGCACAUCCCUCCCUCCUCGUCAAAAUGUCCAACACCGGCGGCAACACCGCCACCAGCAACCAAGCCCUCGUCUCCGACUCCAAAGACGCCUCCAAACCCCUCCAGAACCAGAAACCCGCCGCGCAGCUCGAAGAGGAUGAUGAGUUUGAGGACUUCACAGUAGAAGAUUGGGCGAAAGAAGAGGAAGUGGGCGCACAAGGCACAAAUACGCAUCUCUGGGAGGAGAGCUGGGACGACGAUGAUACGUCUGAUGAUUUCUCGGUGCAGUUGAAGGAGGAGCUGAAGAAGAUGGAGGCGGGGCGGAGUCGGUGAACGCACGUCAAGAGAACGGACGGAGAUGUUUAGAUGGCAUGGAGAACGUGCAUAAGAGGGCGUACGGCGCAGCUCGAUCGACGUGAGCCAACAAGUGACGGACACGAGAACUACGACCCCGUGAACAUUCGAAAUGGGCAAGGGCGAAUCGAUAUACAUCUACAGUCUCGCGCUGCAGCCUUCAUCAACUAUCAGC